ACAGACGUAAUUAAAGCUUGCCAAAACACCAUACAAUUGUGUAAAUGACUGUUUGACCUUUCUUAACAAGCCAGUGUAUCUAGCUAACGGCAAGCAAUAUGUCUCUCCUACGCGUAUGUGCUUCUACAUCGAUACGCCAUGUGACCCAAGGGUUAGUCGUGGAGUCUGCUUUUACAGGAUGCUUGCGGACAGCAAGUAGAGCAGCGAAGGACAAGGAGCCACUGCGCAAGGCCAAAACCCCCCAGGGCCGCUUUGACACGAAUGAUGAGAAGAUAAAGGAUCCCCUUGAAAAGUUCCCUGAUGGUGUGAACCCAGCCACUAAGGAGCAGGGGGGGCCCCGGGGCCCAGAACCCACGCGCUACGGAGACUGGGAGAGGAAGGGCCGCUGUGUCGACUUCUAGUUUCCAUACCUGGUAUAUUACACAUGCGAUGUGGACUGGACAUACUUUAGCUAUAACUUAUGCAUCUAUUUCUGAGGACUGUUGUGCAAGAGACCAGGAAUGGUGCACCAUACUGAAUCAGGCUGGACUAUUUCCCCAUGAACGAUACAAUCUGAUUGUAUUUCACAUUUAUACACAUGUAGUCUGUAGAACAGUCUCUUACUUUUUAUGGUGCAAUACUCACGUUGCACACUGAUAUUGUCUUCAUUUGUUGAAAUGUAUGAUGAUGAUGAUGAGACAUGAUGACAGUGAACAGUGGAGGCUGCUGAGGGAGGAUGGCUCAUAAUGGCUGAAAUGGAGCGUAAUAGCUGGAAUGGAGUGAAUGGAAUGAUAACCCCCCCCCCCCCAAACAAGAUUUUUGAUGCCAUUCCAUUCACUCCAAUUCCGGCCAAUUUUAUGAGCCGUCCUGCCCUCGGCAGCCUCCACUGAUAGUGAGUGAUUGUCAUGCAAGGUUAUUACUUCCUGUACAGAGAUGUCAAUGUUGUGAAUAAAUACAAUUGUAAAAAUUCUGGAGAUUA